GCUUCCCCGCCGCGCCGCUCCGCACCGGCGGCCGCCCCGGAGCCGCUGCCCUCACCAUGAACAAAGGCUUCUCCAAGAAGAGUCACACUUUCCUGCCUAAAAUAUUUAGAAAAAUGUCUACUCAAUCAGCAAAAGAGAGACCUGAGAGUUUGCAUUUCCCAUUCCUGGAUGAUGAAGAUACCAUCUCCACACUCAAAGAAUCCAAAACCUUUUUCAUCCUCCGGGGCCUGCCUGGCAGCGGGAAGUCCACCCUCGCCCAGGCCAUCCACGAUCGGUACAAAGACGCCUGCAGGGUCAUCUCUGUUGAUCACUAUAAAAUCACACCUCUAAUAAGAAGCACCAUUCCUGAAGAGUACUCCAAGGUGGAUGAGGAUCUAGUUGACUAUUGCAAACGGGAGAUCAGCGUCAUCGUUUUGGAUGACACUCACCAUGAGCGGGAACGGCUGGACCAGCUCUUUGACAUUGCCGACAAGUACCGGUACAAAGUCAUCUUUGCCGAACCCAAAACCCCGUGGCGCUUGGAUUGUCCCCAGCUAAAGGACAAGAAUCAAUGGAAACUAACUGUGGAAGAGCUGAAGAAGAUGAAGCCAAGCUUGGAGAAGGAAUUCCUCCCCAUGUAUUUUGGGUGGUUUUUGAGCAAAAGAAGUUCGGAGAUCCUGAGGAAGGCUGGCCAGGCAUUCUUGGAUGAGCUUGGGAGUCUCAAAGCCUUCAAAAAGGAGAGUAAAUACUUUCCUUCUGCUAUCGAAGAUCCCAAAAUAAAAAUAGAUCUCACCAGCUACUUUGUGAAGAGGCCACCUGGGGUCCUGCACUGCACCACAAAAUACACUGAGUUUGGAAAAGCAGCUGGAGCCGAGGAAUAUGCGCAGCAGGAAGCCGUGAAGGCUUCCUACGGCAAAGGCUUCACCCUCUCCAUCUCGGCGCUGUUCAUCACCACAAAGACUGUCGGGGCUCGCAUCGAGCUGAGCGAGCAGCAGCUGCUGCUCUGGCCCGGGGACGCCGACAAGAUCCUGCCCACGGACAACCUCCCGCGGGGCAGCCGCGCUCACAUCACCCUCGGCUGCGCCAACGGCGUCGAAGCCGUCCAGACCGGGCUCGACCUGCUGGAGUUUGUGAAGCUGGAAAAGGCAGGGAACAAAGGGGAGCAAGUGGGGGAAAUCGGAGGAGGGAAACUGCUGUAUUUUGAUAACGGUAUGUGGAUGCUUGUCCUGUCUAAAAAGAUUGAUGUGAGGGCGAUAUUUUCGGGAUACUAUGGGAAGGGAAAACUUGUGCCAACGCAGAGCACCAACAAACGGGGCUCUGCCUUUAGCUCCUGCACCAUCAUCUAGGAGCACAGGCAGGGCAGCUCCUUGGUUUGUUUUUAUAAGGCAAGUAACUCCUGUAACCUUAAAAGUGUAAAGAGAAAUAAUUCUACCGUUACUAAAGUAAACCCUCCUGCCCACCCCAGCGUGAAGCCUCUGGGGAGUUAUUGGCCUCAGAAAAGGAAGAAAACAAGCAACUCCUGACUGAAAUUGUCAUGGAUUUUAAUACGAGUUUUGGAGGGAACCAGCUGGGGUGUCCUGCUUGUUUUCUUCCUUGGAGAAAGAUCAACUCUGGGGCUUUUAUCGCUUCCCUCUGAACCACAAUCGUUCGAUCUUUACCUGUUGGCACUGACCAAAGCCUGUCAGUCGCUGGUCUGAAGCCAAGGGAACUGCAGGAUGUCCCUCCCCUCCCACACCCAGGGACUGACGUUGGCCAUUCUGGGUCAGAACCAGCAAGACCCAGGCGUGGGUCACUCCUGUCAGGAGUCCUGUCCUUACCAAGGGUUUGGCCCCUAAGGACAGACCUCGCUGAGGGCAGCAGGUCCUGGCAGCCCGAAUCGCAGGCCAGUCCCGCAGCUGCCCAGUGGGCUCCAUCCCAGCUCCUGUCCCUCACAGCAGAGAUGCUCUGGGGACAGCCAGGAGGAGGGCACUGUGCCAGGUUAUGUCUUAAAGACACCAACCAUGAACUUUGGGGAAAUCAAGUGAAACAACAGGACAGGGAGCCAAUUCCUGCAAAGCAGCUCCAGCCCCUUCCUUCCACCUGGGCUGGACCAAGAACCAUCCCGCGUCCUGUAGGGAACAAUCCUGCUUUGGCAGGGAGUGGAAGAGAUGAACUAACAUCUUUUCCAUCUUAUUUGAUAUAAACUAAAAUCAUGUCUGAAGUACAACUGGACUUCAUGCAAGAUUUUACUCCCUCUAAUGCACUUGAAUGUUAAGAGUUAGGCUGGAGUAACCCCGUAGUGUAGGAAGUGGAGGCACCGUAACCGUGUAACUCAUGUCUGCUUGAACCUAAACCCUGGCUGGAAGUUACUGACCCAGCACUUUCGUCAUUAAAUCUGUUUUAUUGAAACUUGGGUUUGUGCUGUGCCGGGCCCUGGCCCAGCAGGGCGGUGGCUCCUGGGCAUGGUUUAACACAAAGCUCCACUAACAGCCCCAGGUAAGGUCCCAGCUCGACCUCCUGCUCUGGCUCAGGGUCUGGGGAGCAGCAGAGUGACAUUAACCCACACUAACACUGUAAAUACUGACUGUGUUUGAGGCGUGGGCUGGGCUGGGGCAGAGCUCACCCCGAGCCCACUGUUGCUGGGGCAAGGAGCAUUUCUUCUCUGACUGUUGAGGCCAAAAGCAGGGAGAGCUUUGGUGCUUUUCUGGUACCGAACACUCUACCAUGAAAGCAAAAUACUUCCUGCUGUUCAGAAGCAAAGGAUAAGAAUAAAUUCUCAUUAUAACAUAAAAUAGCGAGCUACAAACCCACCCAGAGCACCUGUGACCCUUCAUGGAGAAACCCCUCUGAGCUUCUGCACUGGCAGCAGCCGAGUGCCCAACGCUCAGCCAGGGCCGCUCCUGACAGAACCUCCAGGGUUUGUUCCACCAAAGCUCUACAAGGUAUUUGCCAGCACCUGCUCAGGGGCCGGCUGAGCCCACUCCCCCAGCGCCCAGAUCGCUCCAGCACUGGAAUCAACAGCUGGAAUAUCUCCUUCAUCUGCCUGUUCAAGAACAACAGUGACACUGUCGUUGUUUGAGUUUUUAUUAGUUUGUACAUCAUAUACAGUUUAUAAUAAAGUAAAACCGAUUGCAUAUGAGUCUGCUCAGGCUGAUUUCCCAUACAAACACGGCAUCAGGAGUUCUGCUAAGGAAGUAAACAACAAAUAUUCACAUUUUUACCAUUCACAUCCUAGAAAGGUCGAAGAGGGACAGUUGGUACCGAUGCGGAGCCCGGCUGGAAGAGGAUGAGGAGUUUGGCAAAGCAAUGAGACAGCGAUUGCUCCAUGCAAUUCCCCUUUCCUCCCAGGGAAAGGUUGAGCUAUGUACACUGAGGUAAACAUUCCGAAUUCCAAUUCAGAUAAAUACGGCAGUGCAGGGACAAGCUCCUCUCCAAGUGGCUUCGCAUCGGUGCCUGGAUUUGUCCUGACUAUUCCGCAAUGCUGUGACACUCGUGCACUGUGGGGCUCUGGGUGCUCCCCCACGGCCCCUCGGAUGCCACCUCACACCACACUGGUCACAGGAGCCAUUAGGGGACAGGGGGACAGGGCUGGGCAGUUGGACAGGCUGGGAUGGCAGCCGGGCUGCUCGUCCCGCUGGCUCGGGGCUCCCCACGGAUCCUGCCCUCCUGGGCCACCCCCAGAGCUCCAGCUCGGGCACGGUGUCCCAGCUGCCAGCAACAGACCAGAGCUGUCCCUCCAAGCUCAGAUCUGGGUCAGGGAAAGUGCCCAGCACUGCUCCAAGAAGGGAUAACCCCAUCCACAAUGGUGGGAAUGAGGAGAGCGGGGCCUGGCCAGGAAGGCCAAAGCAUUUCACAUCGGCUCUCACAAUCACACAGGGACCCAGAAUGGCCUCACAGAGCCAGGGACAGGGACAGCCACCAGCUAUUGCCACCUACCCCUGCCACAGCCCUGCCACAGCCACCCAGGGACUAGCACUGCUCCAGGGACACGGGUGGGUACAGCACACAGUUGUCCUGUUCCCUAGGGAAGAGGAGGGGAGAGGACAAGGCACGAAUUUAAA